AUGAAGUAGGAAAAAAGUAAAAGCAAGCCAAAGGAUCAGAGAGAAGAAAUACUACCUGUAAAUAAGAUAAUCUAAAAAUGUGAAUAGACAUUAGAGAUCACUUAGUUUGAAUAACAAGAAUUAAAGAAAAUGUUUUCUAUAGUUUCUGAUAAAAUGCAUCAAGUUAAUUUAAAAAUUUAAACUUUCGAAAGGGAAGAACGGCUAUUGAGAAGGGAAAAUGAUGAAUGGGAAUUCUAUUAGAAAGAAAAAACUUCUCUUCUUAAAUAACUAACAUUAUUAAUUGAUUUAAUUAGUGGCAAAGAUCAAUCCUUUGAAAUAGAUAUUUCCACCAAUCCUGCCUAUAAAGAAAUCCAGACUUUCCCCAUUCAUAAAAAACAAUAGGGUGAAGACCUAGUAAAAACCAUUCAGAACGAUGAAACGUCAAUAAUUCAGCUCUAAGGACUAUUAUAAGAAAUUGAAGAAACAUCUAAACUUCUUAGACAAUCAGGUGCUUUUUGGAAUUGUGUUCGUUGCAACGUAACUUUAAAAGAAGGAUUUAAUGAGGAAACAUGCGUAUUUCAUCCAGGCAAACUCAAAUAUUUUUCCUGUAGAACAUGCGGAGGGGAUGAAUACUUUACCUGCUGUAAUUAAUGUAGAGAUUGCAAUCCUGGUUGUAAAAAAGGCUUGCAUAAACCUUGA